AUGCCUAUGCUCAAAGACCCAUCCAAGAAAUACCGCAAGUUCAAACCACUGAACCUGCCCGACCGGCAAUGGCCCUCCAAAACCCUCGACAAGGUCCCCAGAUGGCUCGCGACAGAUCUAAGAGACGGUAACCAAUCCCUAGUAGACCCCAUGGACGGCGAGCAGAAAUGGAGAUACUUUCAAAUGCUAGUGAAGCUCGGAUAUAAAGAGAUCGAAGUCUCGUACCCUUCGUCCGGAGGCACCGACUACGACUUCACGAGACGACUGGUGACAACGCCCGGAGUGGUUCCGGACGAUGUGUGGAUUCAGGUUCUGUCGCCGUGCCGGAAAGAGUUGAUCAGAAGGACGGUGGACAGUCUGAAGGGUGCGAAGAAGGCGAUUCUACAUCUGUACCUUGCGACGAGUCCGUGUUUCCAGCAGAUUGUGUUCAACAUGAACAAUGAGCAGUCCAAGGAGCUGGCGGUCGAGUGCACAAAGUAUGCCCGAUCGAUCACCAAGGAAGAUCCCAACUCGGGCGUGGAGGAUUGGGCGUAUGAGUUCUCGCCUGAGACUUUCUCGGAUACAGACCCAGACUUCGCGAUUGAGAUAUGCGAGGCUGUCAAGGCUGCUUGGGAACCUACCAAGGCGAACCCGAUCAUCUUCAACCUACCCGCGACGGUCGAGAUGUCGACUCCCAAUGUCUACGCCGAUCAGAUUGAGUACUUCUGCAAAAACAUCACAGAACGGGAGAAGGUCUCGGUCUCUUUACAUCCACACAACGACAGAGGCUGCGCGGUGGCGGCAGCAGAGCUGGCACAAAUGGCUGGUGCGGACAGAGUAGAAGGCACGCUGUUUGGAAACGGCGAGCGAACCGGUAACGUGGAUCUGGUCACUCUAGGUCUGAAUCUCUACACCCAGGGAAUCCACCCAGGCAUCGACUUCUCAGACAUCGGCAGCGUGAUUGAUAUCGUGGAGAAGAGCAACAAGAUCCCAGUACAUCCACGUGCGCCGUACGGAGGAUCUCUGGUUGUAUGUGCGUUUUCUGGAUCACAUCAAGAUGCCAUCAAGAAGGGUUUCCAUCUCAGGGAUUCGCAAGGGGCUGGUCCUGAGGAUCCGUGGGUGGUGCCGUAUCUACCUCUGGAUCCCCAAGAUAUCGGCAGGACAUACGAGGCUGUUAUUCGUGUCAAUAGCCAGUCUGGAAAGGGAGGAGUUGCCUGGAUCAUCAAGCGGACUCUGGAGCUGGAUCUACCUCGUGGUCUCCAAGUCGCCUUCUCCAAGGUCGUGCAACGAGAGACCGACAUGCUGGGUCGCGAGCUGUUAGCCAACGAGAUCAAAGAUCUCUUCGUGGAAGCAUACCACCUCAACCGCAACCCUCGCUUCUCCCUGGUCGACUACGACAUCACCACCGACCGCUCAGUCUCGCCCGCACCACCCACCACAGGCAAGAGCGCCUCAAACCGCAACCUGCGUCGAAAGUUCCGAGGCGUCAUCGAAAUCGACGGUCAAGAACACCAAAUCGAAGGUAUCGGCAAUGGAGCUCUGUCUGCUCUGGCCAACGCCCUGAACAAUCUCGGCAUUGACCUGGACAUCGCCGACUACAAGGAACAUGCUAUCGAGAAGCAGACGGGCAAAGGCCGCGACACGACAGCCGCCACGUACAUUGAAUGUACCGCGUCUGGUUCGGCCCAGAAAGUCUGGGGUGUCGGCAUUCACGAAGAUGUGGUGCAAUCAUCUCUCUUCGCUCUGCUCGGCGCUGCAUCGUCGUUCCUCUCUAGCAGGCCCACCACGCCUGUGCCGUUCCGACCCAAGCGUUCGAAUACCCAGAACCUGGACGUCGUGCCGGAUCUCGGGGACGAGAAGCGCCAGCUCAAUGGUGCGCCGGAAAGCGCGCCUGAUGCCGGGUCUUCGAGUGUAGUCGCGAACCUCGAGGCUAAGGUCAAUGGGACGGAGGCCAAGGGGGAGUAG